AACGCUGGGGCGGGGCCUUCCGGGAAGGGGCAGACCAAGCCGGACGGGUGGGCUGCGGUCACCCCUCGUCCGCUGGAGGCGGCCGACUGACGGGUGGACGGCGGUAGGGGGAUAGGCCGGUGCCGGCCGGGUGCAUGCCGUGCCGCCGCCAUGACAGAGCAGACCUACUGUGACCGCCUGGUCCAGGACACGCCUUUCCUGAUGGGCCCCGGGCGCCUGAGCGAGCAGCAGGUGGACAGGAUCAUCCUCCAGCUGAACCGCUACUACCCCCAGAUCCUCAGCAACAAGGACGCCGAGAAGUUCCGGAACCCCAAGGCAUCCUUGCGCGUGAGGCUCUGUGACCUACUGGGCCACCUGCAGCGGAGCACCGAGCGGGAUUGCCAGGAAUUCUACCGCGCCCUGUACAUCCACGCUCAGCCCCUGCAUAGCCGCUUGCCCAGCCGGCACACCCUGCAGAACUCAGAUUGCACAGAGCUAGACUCAGGCACCGCGAGCCGAGGGCUCAGUGACAGGGGACCCGUGGCCUUCCUGGCCUGUCUUGGCCUGGCUGCGGGGCUGGCCCUCCUCAUCUAUUGCUGCCCUCCAGACCCCAAGGUGCUGCCGGGGGCCCGGCGUGUCCUGGGCUUCUCCCCACUCAUCAUAGACAGGCACGUCAGCCGCUUCCUGCUGGCCUUUCUGACAGACGACCUGGGGGGCCUCUGACAGACCAGCCGCUGCCGCCCAUCUUGCACCAAAGAGCCCCCGCCUGCCCACCCACCCGGGGCCUUCUUCUUUUCCAAAUGCUUCUAUUUCACUGUUUAUAACGACUGUAAGAAGCACUUUACCUUCUUACAAAGGUGCUCAACCAUAUUAAAUGUACCAGUCUCUUC